UGGCUGGUGUUGCCGUUGCCAUUGCUGGCAUGCGUGUGUGUGGUGUGUCUUGCCCCGUGUGUGCGUGCGUACCAGGUGCCCCCGUGCCCCGUGUGCUGGUGCGCCCUUCUUCGCCCCUGCUCGGCGUCCUCUCGCCCUCUCGCCCCGUUGCAUGCCCCCGGUGUGACGUCAAGGCCGGACCAACAUUUUUUUCCCCACCAAAAGCCGUGGCAGCACGGCCCGCAGGGGUGGUGCAGGGCCGGGGACCGACGCGUCGAUGCGAUUCUGGGACGAUCGUCCGCAACAUCUGGCGAACAGCGCCCUAGGGGGACGUUUGCACGAGCCGUGGCUUCACACGCAAAGGGUGUUCUGGAGAAGCCGUUUCUGCUGGAAACAGGGCAGCAGGAGGCAGCAGAAGACAGCAGCACAGGCCUACAGACAGGCAGAGCCAGUGGACAGUGCAGCAGGCGAUGAUUACAGGCGGCGACACGGACGAGGCGGUGAGACAGACGGACUUCGAUGCGCUCUCGUCGAGGUUGUCGUGCUUCUUGAAGGGAUACACGCCCGAGGACAGGCUCCUUGGGGCGCUGGUGCCGCUGCUGGUGCACUACCAGGUGGCGGGGUGUGGGUCGGAGUUCAAGCGGUUUGCGCUUGCCCGCAGACUGCGGUCGCAGUUCUUCAACGUGCUUCCGGCCAACAUCGGGGACGUGGCUGCGGUGGCGCAGCUGGACAGGGCCGUGGUGGCGGCGAAGACGGGGCGGUUCACGCCGCUGAAGCCGCCGCUGAUCAACAGGGGCACGUACUUGCGCACGACGGCGAUCUCCCGCACGGUGGAGCAGUUUGUCGCCCGGCACAGGCACGCCGGGAAGGUGCAGGUGGUGUCGCUCGGCGCCGGCAGCGACACGCGGGCGUUCGGGGUGGUGGCGCAGAACGCCAACGUGCACUACUACGAGCUCGACUUCGAGCAGACGGCGAGGUUGAAGAAGUUGGCGAUCCUCUCUUCGGAGCAGCUCUCGGCGUGCGUGGGGGCCCCGGCGCUGCCGCCGGCGGAGCUGCCCCGGACGGCGGCGCAGAUCGCCGCCGUGGACCCGACGUUGCACACCGACCGAUACCACCUGGUUCCGUGCGACCUCCGGGGGUUGACGCCCGAGCGGGCGCUGCACACGGUGCCCGGGCUGGAGCGUCUCGACGGCGCCGUGCCGACGCUCGUGGUGAGCGAGUGCUGCCUCUGCUACCUCUCGCAGGACGACUCCGACAACGUGGUCCGUUUCUGGCGCCGCAGCCUCGACGACGGUGAGUUCGUCGUGUACGAGCCGUUGGGCGGGUCCGACCAGCCGCAGACAGCGGGCGACGCGGGCCGCCAGCCGAACCGGUUCGGAGAGGUGAUGGUGAAGAACCUCAUCUGCCGCGGCAUCGAGAUGCCGACGCUGCUGGUGUACGGCACGGUGGCGGCGCAGAUCGAGCGGUUCCGGCGGCUGCUCGACACGGACACGCAGCACCGCUGCGACGUGUGGUGCAAGGACAUGAAGUGGGUGUACGACCACGAGGUGGACGACGCGGAGCUCGAGCGCAUCAGCCGCUUGGAGAUGCUCGACGAGCUGGAGGAGUUGAACUUGAUCAACUCGCACUACUGCCUUGUUGUUGCGCGCUGGCAGCCGCAGCCUUUGGCGCUGGCACAAUGUACAUGACACUAUUCACUUUUAAAUACAUUAUAUGACAGGAUCCCCUGUAGAGGGAGGGCGCCGGCACGCAGCACUAGUUGAGCAUUCUCUUGAACCCACACCACGCGGCCGCAGCCGCAGUCAUGAGCCCCGUGCUGUACGCCAUGGCCUUCGGCCCGGACGUGCUCUUGAAGAUGGCGCCCGCCAACGCACCGGACGCCAGCGAGUUCAGGUCGUCGUGUCUGCCGCGGUACGCGUCCAGACUCGAGUCGAUGAUGUUGUACAGGAGCCCGAGCACCCCCGCCGAGUUCCCCACGUGCGGCCCGUGCUUGGUCACCUGGUUCAACACCGUGUUCAACUUCAACUUGAACGGCGCAGCCUUCACCGCCCCCGUCACCGGGUCCACCGACCCC